CAAAAUUUCGAAAUUAGAAAAGGGUGCUUAUACAGUUUUUGUGUGAAUUUGCUGUGGAAACAUUCUGACCCAAAUGGGCUGUGCAAUGGUGCUCUAGGCAUGGGCUCCCACCACCACAGGCACUGUUCACACUGCCAUACAUGCAGGGAACAAGGGCACAGUCACAUGUUCGGGCCCAUAAGUCACAUGAUCCCUGGGCACUGGCAGUCAUGGAUCAGUGCACAGAUACAGACACCAGAGGAAACAGAGCGGGUCGCAAAGGGAGUCCUUGGUUUUGAAGAGCUGAAGAAGUACAUGAGACAGGGGAAUGAAUUCUGUAAGGAGGUGGCCCUUCUUAUACAUGAAAGGGCUGAUCUGGAGACCAAGUAUCACAAGGGACUCGGUAUCAUAGCAGCCAAGCUCUCCAAGGUGGCACAAACCAGCAUAGGAACCCUGGGUGAGGGAUGGAAAGCUGUUGCUGCAAGUAUAGACACAGAGGCUGAUCUCCACAGGAACCUUGCUACAGCGAUGCUGGAAGAGAUUGCUAAACCUCUGAAACACCUGGUAGCAGGACAGAAAGAGGCCAGACGACCAAUUGAAGAACAUGUUGAGAAGUCAUUGAAGAGCUUGACGGAGAAACGAAAUGAUGAAAUCAAGGCAAAGAAAUCCGCAUAUGACACAGCCAAAUCCCAUGAAAAAGUAGAAGAACCGAAGAAUAUUAAAACAGACAAAGAUGCAAAUAAAACAGAGAAGAAGCAGAAGCAGGUGUUGGAUCGACUGAGGAAGGCAGAUAAGGCAUACUGUGAAUGCUGUGAGAAGGCAGAGGUUGCAAGGCAGGAGUGGGAGUUCACGGUGAAUAAGGCCAAUGUGCAAUUACAAACACUGGAUGAGGAGCGAAUAUCCAAAAUGAAUGACUUCCUCAACCUGUAUAACAGCCACCUGUCUGUACUGGGCCCCAGACUCUCACAGUGUUGUGACACACUACUCAAGUCAGUACAGCAGGUGGAUGUGUCCGGUGACAUCAGUCUGGUUGCUAAGACAAAGGGCUCACAGACUGCCACUCCUGAACAAAUGCUCAUCGACUGCUAUGCAGAGGACUCUCAGUUUACAAUGAAGAAGGAGCGGCGAAAGAUGGCGUUACAGCACUACCUGUUACAUAUCAGACAGUCGAUAGAGCGUGAACAGAAGGGCAGAGAAGGUGUGGAGAAGUUAGUGGGGGUGUACAAAGAGAGACCAAACUUUGCAGACCAAGACGCCCAGGAAGAUACCAGGCAGAGAUUAACUCAGGUGAUAUUCAUGAUGAACUUCUUGGAGGCUAACCACUACAAGAUAGCCACCAGUCUGGCCAGUAUUGAUGGAGGCCACAAACCUGCGUUUAAGUUUUCCAAAUACAUAGAGCAGGCCCGAGACAAACAGGGCAUGCUGGUGAGUCUGUUAAAGCUGCCCCCCAACCUGGCCUCCGCAGGAGACUCUGGGUACGAUGCCACCAGUGUCACACUGAGCUCCCUAGCAACCGUCGGCAUGGAUGAUAAUAUCGAUGAUGAUGAGUUUGAUGACCCUCCCUCACCUACUGGGAUGCUGGGGAGAUGCAGGGCCAUUUUCGACUAUCAGGCAGUUGAACAUGGGGACCUCGCCAUUCACACAGGUGACAUCAUCAACAUCACAGAGAAGCUUGGCAAUGGCUGGUGGCAGGGUGAGUGUAACGGCAGGUCAGGUGUCUUCCCGGAGAGUUACGUGCAGGAGCUGUGAGCGAGGGUGACGGCAAAAAGGGCACAGAGGUCGCGAGUAUAACUUCCACUUUUGUGUUCGAACAUUGGAGUAGAACGGAUAACGUCCCGUGGAUUAUCCAGCUGAACAUUGUGAUAUUAGAUAUUUGUUAAUGUCUACUGUGCAAUUGCUGGUGAAACCAUUCCUUGACCCAAAAUAAAGUUGGGUAACAAUGAAACUUAUGUUAUUAAUAAAUUGUGGUAAUUUUUUAUGUAUUUAAUAGGAAAAGUUAGCGACUACCAAGCUAGUUUCAACAAAUAAUCAAAACAGUGAAAAAUCCUACAAACAAACAAACAAACAAUAG